UAAUCCAAAUACAGUUUUCACUUUUCACUGUCAUUCUCGUUUUCUUCGUCCAAACCCCCCUUUCUCAAUCUCUCUCAAAAACACCAAUUCUCACUGCACAAAUCAAAACAGGAAUAAGAAGAUUCGACUCCCUUCCUAUUGGAAUUUUGAUUCUUCUAUCGUUCAUUCUUAUUCAAUCGUCUGAGUGUUCAACUUCAAUUUCACUUGUUUCACUUUGAUGAAAAUUGGAAAAGUGCGAAGCCGUUUCAUACAGAUGAAUGUCGUUUGUAUGGAAAUUUUUACUUCAUUCCAAGAAAUUGAAGUCAAAUUCUGAAGGAUCAGGCGAUUUUGUUUAUCCCCCAUCGAUCCAUCCUUUGGAAGCUCUGCAAUGCACCGUGUAGGUAUUGCAGGCAGUGCCUCCAAUUCAAUCCGUCCUCGUAAGGAGAAGAGAUUUACUUAUGUAUUGAAUGAUGCCGAUGAUACAAAGCAUUGUGCAGGUGUGAACUGUUUGGCUAUAUUGAAGCCAUCAAAACCUGGUUCAAGUUACCUCUUUACAGGGAGCCGUGAUGGCACAUUAAAGAGAUGGGCAUUGACUGAGGAAGAUGCUACCUGCUCAGCUACCUUUGAGUCUCAUCUUGACUGGGUCAAUGAUGCAGUCCUCGUAGGAGGGAAUACCCUUGUAUCGUGCUCCUCAGAUACUACCGUCAAGGCAUGGGAUUGCUUUUCUAAUGGAACAUGCACAAGAACUUUCCAUCAACACACAGAUUAUGUCACUUGUCUUGCUGCAGCAGAAAGAAAUAGCAAUGUUAUUGCCUCUGGCGGCCUGGGUGGUGAGGUAUUCAUCUGGGAUCUUGAAGCGGCACUUGCUCCCCUCACCAAGUCCAGUGAGGUAGCUGACGAGGAUCGUUCAAGCGGCACUUAUGGCUCAGGAAGUUCACUGUCAGUUACUAGCCUACGUACAAUUGGCUCAAGCAAUAGUUUUUCAUUGCAAACAAAUCUACCUCAAGGAUAUGUUCCUAUUGCUGCUAAAGGACAUAAAGAGUCUGUUUAUGCAUUAGCAAUGAAUGAUACUGGGACUCUUCUGGUUUCUGGUGGAACUGAGAAGGCUGUACGUGUUUGGGACUCAAGAACUGGUUCAAAGAUGAUGAAGCUUCGAGGGCAUACAGAUAAUAUUAGGGCUUUGCUUCUCGACUCCACGGGAAGAUUCUGCUUAUCAGGAUCUUCUGAUUCUAUGAUUAGAUUAUGGGAUCUUGGGCAGCAGCGGUGUGUGCACUCAUAUGCUGUUCAUACAGAUUCCGUGUGGGCACUUGCUAGCACUCCAACAUUCAGUCAUGUGUAUAGUGGUGGAAGAGAUCUUUCGUUGUACUUAACAGACCUUGCGACAAGAGAGAGUAUAUUGCUUUGCACAAAGGAGCAUCCUAUUCAGCAACUAGCAAUGCAUGAUGAUGGUAUAUGGGUUGCAACAACAGAUUCUUCUGUGCAUAGAUGGCCUGCUGAAGGUCGAAAUCCUCAGAAGGUGUUUCAAAGAGGCGGUUCCUUUCUGGCUGGGAACUUGUCAUUUUCAAGGGCAAGGGCUUCCUUGGAAGGAUCUACUCCUGUUCCUGUUUAUAGAGAACCAACUUGCAGUAUUGGUGGAAUUCCAGGGAUAGUGCAGUACGAAAUUCUGAACAAUAGAAGACAUGUCCUGACUAAGGAUAAUGCUGCUUCUGUCAAGCUUUGGGAGAUCACCAGAGGUGUUGUGAUUGAGGACUAUGGACAGGUUUCAUUUGAAAAGAAGAAGGAAGAGCUGUUUGAGAUGGUGAGCAUUCCGGCAUGGUUCACUAUAGAUAGCAGGCUUGGGAACUUGUCUGUGCAUUUGGAUACCCCACAAUGCUUUUCUGCAGAGAUGUAUUCUGUUGAUCUUAACAUCACUGAGAAAGCUGAGGAUGACAAGGUUAAUUUGGCACGAGAAACCCUCAAAGGACUGUUGGCUCAUUGGCUGUCGAAGAAAAAGCAUAAAUUUGGGUCCCAAUCUUUGGUGAAUGGAGAAACUCCAUCUGGCAGGGAUAUUUCUGCCAGGAGUAUUACACUUCCAAAAGUUGAGGUAGAUGGUAAUGCUGAAAAUGAUUCUGCAGUGUAUCCUCCAUUUGAGUUCUCAAAGGCUUCCCCUCCUUCUAUUAUUACCGAGGGCUCCCAUAAUGGCCCGUGGAGGAAGAAAAUUACCGAGAUGAAUGGAACUGAAGACGAGCAGGACUUCCCAUGGUGGGUUUUAGAUUGCAUUUUGCAUAACCGUUUGCCCCCAAGGGAACAUACCAAGUGCAGCUUCUUUUUACAUCCAUAUGAAGGUUCAACUACCCAGACUGUGACACAAGGGAAGCUGAGUGCCCCUCGUAUUUUAAGAAUACACAAGGUUGUCAAUUAUGUUGUGGAGAAGUUGGUCCUCGACAAACCUUUGGAUAGCAUGGCUAUUGAUGGAACUUUUGCUUCUGGGCAAUCUGGAGGGCAGUUGCAGCAUUCGAGUACUGGAGAUGGAUCCUUCAGAUCUGGAUCGAAUUCUUGGCAAAAGCUUAAGCCCUCUAUAGAAAUCUUAUGCAAUAAUCAGGUCUUGACACCUGACAUGAGCUUAGCGACUGUCCGUGCUUAUAUAUGGAAAAAGCCUGAGGACCUUGUUCUCAACUACCGGAUCAUCCCUGGAAGAUGAAUUGAUGCAUCCAUGUGGUCAGAGCGUAUCCAAUUCUGAUUGAUUUUGGGCUGCUAAGAUGCUUGGAGCACUUCCUGAUGCACCAAGAACCGUGGAUGAUCAGUUGAAGGGUUGCUAUUUUGAAAUUCUGGGCCCAGAGCUAUCGACUUGAAAGAAAUAGCAGUUGAAUAUGGAAGAUGAUGUGGAGAGGCUUUGUGGGUCUGGUCAAGAAUCUAUCGGAAAAGCAGAAUGUUUAGUAGUAUCGAGGAAACCAAGUACUGUACUUGCAAAUAAUACCAUUGUCACCCAUGCCAACAAGUAAGUUUGUGUUUUGUACAUCAGCUUGAUGCCUUAUUUUUCUCUGUUCUUUUCGUGUUCAUGGCCUUACCUAAAUUCCUGUUUGGGUGUAAAACUAGUAUGGUAUGUGACAUUAAUUUGAAGCCUUGUAGGGAUAUAUA